CUUAUUAAGCAUCAAAUGAUCUCAAAAUUUAUAGUUCAAGUUCUAAACCCGCUUUCGGCAGUUACCCAGUUGGUUCCUCUUGGUCUCUCUCAGCCAAAACUCAAGAAGGCCACGAGGAAGGUCGUUGCAGGGGGUCGAAUGGUCAUGCUUUUGCCACGAACCCGUCUCUCAACCAUCAUUCUGGUACCUUCGACGUUGCAGUUUCAGCUUCGGUCUUCAGUGCCUCGUCUCUUUCUUUACAAGCUUGAUUCAUCCAUGCCUGAACUCGCACCAGGUAAAGUGGAGAUGGAUCAACUCAGAGAACAGAACCAGAAGGAGUCAACCGACUCUAAGGAUUCAAAACGGCUUUCAGGUCACAUAAUCCCUCACAUUCUCAACUUAUAUGGAUCUUCUGCAACACCCCGGGACUUUGAAAUCUAUGCUCCAAAUGCAACUUUCGAGGACCCACUUAUGUGUGCCCAUGGGGUGAACCAGAUCAAAUCUGCAUUCUAUUCCGUUUCAAAGGUCUUCAGUGAAUCAAAAAUUGUGGAUUAUAGCAUAGAAGAAAACGUAGUUGCACCUGGGAAAGGAGAGGUACUAAUUGACAACAAACAACAUUACAAGUUCUUGGGGAAGGACUUAGAUGUGAUUUCACUAAUCAAGCUACGUAUCGAAGAAGGGAAAGUGGUCCGCCAUGAAGAUUGGUGGGACAAGAAACCACUUUGGAACAGAGACACUGUUAAACUUCCAUUAGUUGGUCGAGUUUUAGAAAUGACCCGCAGGGGAUCAAUGCUAGCAACUCAUGUUAUGAUGGGAUUUGGAAAGGAUCCAAGUCUGUAACUGUUUUAUCAUGUGUCAAUGAGACAUGGACGAGUGAUGUUUCUCACUAAGUUUGUAAUUAUACUUUUCUUUCGUUAGUUUGUCUUCUCAUCUUUCAAAAAUAAUAGUGAAAGUAAACUUGUAAUGGAUGCAAUGCACUAAUUUGAAGAUAGGUCCUUCCUCCAUUCCCA